CACGGUUCGGGGGAAGGACAUGGAAAUAGCAGCUACUUAGCUCUGCUCAUCAAAACAAGGGCCACAACAUAUCGGGAACCAUUCAGAGAGUCGUGGUGUGUUUGGGGGGGGGAAAGGAAAAGCUUAUUGCUGCUUGCUUAACUAAAGAUAGCGCAUCAUAUAGGGAGAGAACGAGAUUGUUUUCAUAGGACGGCUGUUUUCAAGACCCACAGCCCAUAAGCGCUGAGUGAACAGUCCACGGAGGAAACAGACAGUGAGUGCAUCUCAUGCAUCUUGGCGAACUUUCAGUAACUUUUAAGCGCGGGGAUUUUGCCUUUUUUUAUUUUUUACAGUGCGUUAUGAAGGCAAUCUAUGCGGCGAAUGUAUGGAGUUUUACGCGUUCGUAAUGUUGUUUUGAACAGUUGUUUUGAACAACCCGUCCUAGAGUGAUACUUCUUUCAAGGAGUUCUAUUUCCCCUGUUUGUCUGAGAAAAAGUGGAACAACUGUAGCCUGACGCGCCUUUCAGCAUAGUAAUUUUGACAGAAAGUCCAACAGAAUGCCUCGUCCGGGGAGAAACACGUAUAGCGACCAGAAACCUCCCUAUUCCUACAUCUCCCUGACCGCCAUGGCUAUCCAGUCCUGCCCGGAGAAGAUGCUCCCUCUCAGCGAGAUCUACAAGUUCAUCAUGGACAGGUUCCCCUACUACAGAGAGAACACCCAGCGGUGGCAGAACUCCUUACGGCACAAUCUCUCUUUCAACGACUGUUUUAUUAAAAUCCCCAGGCGGCCGGACCAGCCCGGUAAAGGGAGUUUCUGGGCUCUCCAUCCCAGUUGCGGGGACAUGUUCGAGAACGGAAGUUUCUUGCGGCGUCGUAAACGCUUCAAGUUAAUGAUGAUGGCGUCUGAGCACCUGGCGCAAAGCAAGCCGUCGGACGCUGCCCACUAUCUCCAACAACAAGCCAAACUCCGACUGAGCGCUCUGGCUGCUUCUGGCACACAUCUCCCGCAGAUGUCCGGUUACAACAUAGGAGUCUCUCACCAACCGUCUACUUUCAAACAUCCGUUCGCAAUUGAGAAUAUAAUCGCCAGAGAGUAUAAAAUGCCAGGCGGGUUGGCCUUCUCCACCAUGCAGUCUAUGUCUGCUGGCUACCCGCUGCACAACCAGCUCACCACGGCCUGGCCUCAUAUGUACAGCUCCAGCGUCAUGGACACGGUAGCUCCCAUCUCCAUGGCUAGUGAUUAUUCGGCCUACGGAAUGCCAGUCAUUCUGUUCCCCUGA